AUGAAAUCUUUUAUAUUUCUCUUAUUAUGUCUUCUUCAAUAUGCUAAUUGUGAUUAUCAUAUUAAUGUAACUAUACAAGAGACAUCAGCUGUCAUAACAGGAUGGCUACAUCCGUAUGGAAAAUCAUGGAGAGGAAUACCUUACGCAUUAUCACCGAUUGGAACUCGCAGAUUUAUGUAUGCGCAAGAGAAAAUACCUACUGGAUACAUCUCAGCUUUGAGCUAUGACUCCAUUUGUAAGCAGGGCGCUCAAGGAAGUGAAGAUUGCUUGUAUUUGAACGUUUUCAGCUCUGUGAAAUCAUCUAGCACUGAUCGUUUACCCGUCUAUGUCUUCAUUCAUGGCGGUGGAUUUGUUGAAGGAAGUGGAGAAGUUGGUCCUGGCAUCUAUCCAACACUCGUUGAUAAAGGGCUCAUCUUGGUAACGUUCAAUUAUCGACUUGGACCAUUCGGCUUUUUCUCUACUCGAGAUACCAUUGCUCCAGGCAAUUUUGCGAUUUCUGAUUGCAUAGAAGCAUUGAAAUGGGUUCAGAGAUAUAUUUCAAAUUUCGGGGGAGACCCUAAACGUGUUACUGUUGGUGGUCACAGUUCAGGUGCUGAAGCUGUAUCUUUCUUAUCAUUGACUAAUGCAGCGAAAGGAUUGUAUUCCAAAUUAAUUAUUCAAUCUGGCUCAGCUUUUGGAGCAGCUGUUAUGUCUUACAGCGAAAAAACACGAAAUACGAGUGCACAGCUUGCUGUAGCCGCUGAUUGUGCUACAAAGGAUCAGUGGGAUUCCGGUUCGGAUUUUGGACCAAUUGUUAAUUGUCUUCGUGACUUAUCAGCUGCCGAUAUAGUCAAGUAUGAUUCCAAUUUACCAUCUCACCGUAUGAAAUGGUCAGGAGUAGCUGACAAAAAAUACUUCCCAACUCGUCUUGAAACUCUUGCUCUUCAGCGUCCCUCUGUUCCCGUGCUGAUAGGCGAUGUUCAUGAUGAAUGGCUUGCGAUGGAAGAAGGUGCUAUUGAAAAUAAUUUGAAUUCAUCUUCCAAUUCUCAAGAUGGUUUACGACAAACUCUCAAAUAUGCAUAUGAAAUGACAUAUUGGGAUAAUCAAAAUGCUGUAUAUGUUGCUGCAGCCAACAAGUAUAUCAACAAUCAGCAAUAUGCUGCUGAUGAUCAUGUCAGUUGGAUGGCACAACACAUAAAACUUUACAGCGAAAUGGUCUUCAUUGGUCCAGUACUUAGGGAUGCAAAAUAUUUCGCUUAUACAAGAUCGAAUGUUUUUCUUUAUUCUUUCGAUUACUUAGCUCCUCAAGCUCUUCCUGCAAUUACUCAACCGCAAUUACGUGGAGUUCCUCAUGCUUGGGAGUUACAAUAUGUAAUGAACACAAAUUGUGAAGGAUGGCUAUGUACUUCAGAUGAUGAUACUCUACGUACUAUAACAUCUGACAUUUGGGCUAAUUUCAUCAUUUCCGGAAAUCCAAGCCCUGCCGGAAGCAGUUUGCCGUUUUCAUUCCCACGCAUCGGAAGUGCUAAUUCAUAUGUAUCAUUGAAACCAAAUCCCACGACCAAUCUUCGCUUUCAUGAUGAUUCCAUGUUCUGGGCAUGUACAGCACCUACCAUAGAUGGAUAUGCUCCACCAUUCUGCUAA